AUGAGAAAUAAGAGAUACUUCAAACUUCCUGGAGCUGGAGAUCCAAAAAAACCACAUAAGAGGACUGUGGCAAGUUGCAAUAACCCAACCACAAAAGUGAAAGAAGAAGCAGUGGAUGAGCAAGCCUCUUUGACGUCACCUAGAAAACCAAGGCGGGGCCGUGUGAAGGUGGAGUAUGAGGAGGAGGAGGAAGAAGGGGCGGAGCUAAAGAGGGAGCGCUGGGAGCCGUUUGAUUGGAGAACACAACUGUCAUUCAUCAGGGAGAUGAGGAGCAAACGGGAUGCCCCCGUGGACCAAAUGGGAGCAGGGAAAUGCUACGACACCGAGGCCCCGCCUGAGGUGCGUCGUUACCAGGUGCUGAUCUCCUUAAUGCUGUCCAGUCAAACGAAAGAUCACGUGACGGCUGGCGCUAUGCAGAGAUUACGUGAGCAUGAGCUCAGUGUGGACGCCUUACUCGAGUUGGACGAUGAGACUCUGGGUAAACUCAUCUACCCCGUGGGCUUCUGGAGGACAAAGGUGAAGUACAUCAAACAGGCCACGGCUCUGAUCCAGCAGGAGUUCGGCGGAGACAUUCCUGACACAGUGGAGGGUCUGAUGCGUCUGCCGGGCGUCGGCCCCAAGAUGGCCCACCUGGCCAUGGACAUCGCCUGGAACCAGGUGUCAGGAAUCGGUAGGGCGGAAAUUUAUAUUUUGGCUUUACACCGUAGAUUACGUGAGCGUGAGCUCAGUGUGGACGCCGUACUCGAGUUGGACGAUGAGACUCUGGGUAAACUCAUCUACCCCGUGGGCUUCUGGAGGACAAAGGUGAAGUACAUCAAACAGGCCACGGCUCUGAUCCAGCAGGAGUGCGGCGGAGACAUUCCUGACACAGUGGAGGGUCUGAUGCGUCUGCCGGGCGUCGGCCCCAAGAUGGCCCACCUGGCCAUGGACAUCGCCUGGAACCAGGUGUCAGGAAUCGCUUCUCACAGAGAUCUGUGGAGUGAGAUCAACUGGUUGCUGGUUGGUUUCGGGCAGCAGGUGUGUUUGCCUGUUGCUCCGCUGUGCUCCGUGUGUCUCAAUCAGCACACCUGUCCCUCCGCCCACCGAUCGUCUCCAAAGAAGCUCAAAUCCAGCCCUGCAAAACCUGCCAUUAACGGUCCCGAUGACGAACUAGCAUCUCCAACAGCACAGGUCAAAGAAGAGCCAGCGGAUGCAUCCCUGUCUCAGAGGAGCAAGAACACAGCCAAACAGGAAGUGCCAGGACACCAGGUACAAGAACAGCUGACAUCAGAAGAAGACGCUCCAUCUGUCCUUAAAAAGAGAAGCAGGAGGAAAGGGAGAGCAGGAGCACAACAGCACAGACCUCAGUCUUCACACCACACACAAAGGACAGCAGAGACUUAGAAUCAGUUUCAACAAAGUACUGUGUAAAUGCAAAACAAAUGUCACUUUGAUUCGUUUUGUAGGUUUUCUAUCAAAUAAAUUGGAACUGAAAUGGAAAACAUAAAAGUGUU